AUGUCCUGUACCACAGAUACAUAUGGUGCUUCAGCUACAUCUUCCGUAAAUACAUCAUUAUAUUAUCAUCAAGCUGCUGCAGCAUACCUUCCUGCUACAACUACCACAACAUCUAAUCCUAUGUCCACAGCAAGUGUAAUGAGUAAUGAAUUAAUGCAACAUCACUAUAAUCAAUUAGCUAAUAGUACAAAUAACUCUUUAUCACCAAAUCAAAGUCAUGACAUCACACAACAUAUGAUGUCACAACAUAAUCAACAUCUUUCUCAAUGGAAUAGCCCAUAUUUACUUUAUCCUGGUCAUCAAAGUAUUACUAAUCAUCAAAAUGGACAUCAUCAUUUAGGAUUAGAAAGUAUGGAUUCACAAUUAUCUUCUUUACCUAGUAUUCAAAUGCAUUCAUCACUCCUUUCUACUACCAAUUCUUCACAACCAUUACCAAAUGUUAAUAAUGGUUUACCAUGCAAUAAUCCAGCUACAUCAAGUGCUAAUACCGGUACAUAUAAAUGGAUGCAUGUUAAACGUGCUGUAACUAAACCACCAGUACCAAAACGUAAGACAAUUGAAUCAGAAAAUACAACUAAUCGGACAAAUUUUACAACACACCAAUUAACAGAAUUGGAAAAAGAAUAUUACACUUCAAAGUAUUUGGAUCGUAGUAGAAGACGUGAAAUAGCUAAACAAUUGGCAUUAAAUGAGACACAAGUAAAGAUAUGGUUUCAAAAUAGAAGAAUGAAAGAAAAGAAAAGACAAAAAGAACAAGAUUUUUUGGCUAAAUCUACUGCAAUUACCAUAACAACACCAUCAACCACCACCACAACAACAACAUCUACGACGCCAUGCUCCUCCAGUACAUCAUCAACAACAACCAAUUCUUCAUCCACCACAAAUGCCGGUAAUAAUAAUAAUAAUAAUAAUAAUACAUCAACCCUAAGAAGUUUGAAUAAUAAUAGUGGGAAAUGGAGUAAUAGUUCAAGUUCAGAAUCUCCCACAAGUACACCAGACGCCAGUCCAAGACAUUUAAAUAGUAUUUAA